UCGUUGCUACUGGCGUCUUUUUUCAGGUUUUUACUCUCCCCGCGCCCGACUUGGAGAUGUCUGGCCGAGGCAAGCAGGGCGGCAAGGCGCGUGCCAAGGCCAAGUCACGCUCUUCGCGGGCCGGCCUGCAGUUCCCGGUGGGCCGCGUGCACCGCCUGCUCCGGAAAGGCAACUAUUCGGAGCGGGUUGGGGCGGGCGCGCCCGUGUACCUGGCGGCCGUGCUCGAGUACCUGACGGCCGAGAUCCUGGAGCUGGCGGGCAACGCGGCGCGCGACAACAAGAAGACGCGCAUCAUCCCGCGCCACCUGCAGCUGGCCAUCCGCAACGACGAGGAGCUCAACAAGCUGCUGGGCCGCGUCACCAUCGCGCAGGGCGGCGUGCUGCCCAACAUCCAGGCCGUGCUGCUGCCCAAGAAGACCGAGAGCCCACAAGGCCAAGGGCAAGUGAGGCCGCGGAGGCGGGCCGAUAACGGCCGCGCGCCCCAGGGGCCCCGUGACACCAAAGGCUCUUUUCAGAGCCACCCCCAGCCUCAAGAAAAGAGCCGCACUGAGCACAAUUCCGUUCCUUGUCUUAGGGCUGCGACCUCCCGGGCGCACGGGGAACCGGGCACGAGGCACGAUCCGGGCAGGUGUGCCGCCGCGGGUGCGCACGUACACGUGGCUGCCCUCCCCCCAGGCUACCGCUCGCCGGGAAGGUGCCUGUCCCUGUGCUACUGGGCCACGUUGAGCCGCCAGGAAGAGGCCGCUUGCCCACUCCGGGCCUGCAGAACCCGGUGGGUUCACUGGGUACUGGAGAAGCGUCCUUCGUGGAGAGAAGGGGCCCCGUAAACCUUAGGAUUUACAUUUAAAAAUGGGAAGGUGCUUGAGCGGGACGAUGUUUCGAAGUUUUUGGAAACCAUCCGAGUUCCGAUCUGAUCUGAACACGAGGGUCUCGGAAAGGGUUCCUGUUCUAGAGGCGUUUGCAAUCUUUUUUAAGAAACCAUUUUUAAGCAGUAAAGACAGGCCGGUGAGACAGUUCAGGAGUAUUAUAUAAUUUGCACUUCCUAAAAUUAGGUCUACUCAACCAGGGCUCCCUAGACACCAUCUGGAGCUCAGCACACAUCUGCUGGUCUUAGGAAAAUAGCCUCCUGCUGUGAAAGAAAU